AGGAUUUCUUGGAUAGUAAACCUCAUCUUCCAAGGAUCUAACAGCACAGUCUCUCUAUUUGCUUCAGCCACUUUUCCCACUUGUCAGACCUCAGAUCAGCUCUAAGGUGAAAAGGUCAUAGGGCCGUGUGUAGCCCUGACUACAGUAAUAGGAUCAUCGUCACCUUCACUUUGCCCAUAAGCAUGACAACCAAAUCAAACAGCAGUGUUCUAGGUGGCAAGGCUUCCUCGUCACCUCUCCUGUCCGCUCCACCUCACCAGCGUCUGAUCACCAAAGAUGGACACUGUGCACUUCGCCCCACUGUGUGUUCUUCGGGCUCAUGGCAUGAGACUUUACGCAGAGCCUGGCUGUUGGCCCUGCAGGAUGUGUGGGGACUGUUGGUGAGUCUGCGCUGGAGAUGGGUCCUCCUGGCCUUCUGCACCUCCUUCCUGGCCCACUGGCUGUUGUUUGCCUGUCUGUGGUACUUGCUGGCACACCUAAAUGGGGACCUUGCUGUGCAGGAUCAUGAUGCGCCCCCACAGGGACAUGUGCUCUGUGUAAAGCACAUUACAAGCUUCACUGCUGCAUUUUCCUUCUCCCUGGAGACUCAGCUAACCAUCGGCUAUGGCACUAUGUUCCCCAGUGGAGAUUGCCCCAGUGCUAUAGCACUGUUGGCUGUACAGAUGCUGCUUGGGCUCAUGCUGGAAGCAUUUAUCACAGGUGCAUUUGUAGCCAAGAUUGCCCGCCCCCAGAAGCGAGCAGGAGCCAUACAAUUCAGCCACCAGGCAGUGGUGGGCCAACACCUGGGUCAGACGUGCCUCAUGCUUCGAGUCACCAAUCUGCUGCAGCGGCCUCUGGUGGAUGUAAAGGUGAGUGCUGUGCUAUACGAGGAGCAUGAAGGCCAAGCUCUGCACCAGACUUCAUUGGACUUCUAUUUGGACCAUUUGGGCCAGCAGCCAUGCCCCUUCUUCAUUUUCCCACUCACCUUUUACCACCCCCUGGACCGUCGGAGCCCCCUCUAUCCUGUCCUGUGUGAGGGUUCAUCAACCCACUUUGAGUUAGUUGUCUUCCUAUCAGCCUUGCAGGAGGGAACUGGUGACACUUGCCAGAAGAGGACCUCUUAUCUGCGCCAAGAAAUCCAGUUUGACCGCCGCUUUGUCCCUGCUUUGGGUUUGGAUGCCUGUGGAAGGUACACAGUGAGCAACCAGCACUUUGAUACAGCCCAUUCAAAAGAGCCUAUGAACAAGGACUGUGUGGUGCAGAUCAACGGUGAUGGCAAUGAGAGGAUGGAGUAAGAAUGCUGAAGGGAAGAUUCUCAAAGAGACCGAGAGAAUAUGCAAGUGGAGGCAAAUAUUUGUUGUCAGGAGGUAUUUGAUUGAAUUUGGUAAAUUUGAAUUUAUGAUUCAACAUUAUAAAAAUUCAAAUGUAUGCCAGAUAUAUAUAAGUACUGCUGCAGGCUCCCUCACCUCCUCCCUCAAAUCACUUCAAGUCCUCAGUGCUCAAAGCAGGGGAACCAGUAACUACUGGCAGUUGUAUUAGUUAAAAUGACUGACUAGCAAGGAUGGAAGAAUGUGCGCGGAGUGGGGUAUAGGGAGAUGUGUGUGUUUGAACAUUUAAUACUUAAGGAAAAGUAAUUCAAGAUGAUGAAAAUGCAAGGAACAUAGAAGAAUUUACAUGACUGAAUAAGAACAGUCUAAACUGUUCUGUUAUCACACUUCAAACUUACAAGGUACGAUCAAAAAGUUUGGUCACUCAGCUCAUGAAAAUACACAAUUUAUAUUUAGGCAUCACCUUAUCGACAGCACUUGAGUGCUACUGCAGUUUCACUGUCAUGCUUGCCCCAUUACUGUAUUUUUAACCACACUAACAGACAGUUGGUACUCACCAACUGCACAUCUU